GGACGAGAAGUCGCCCUUCUCUGUAUAUAUGGGAGAAUCCAUGCCAUAUACGUCUCCUCACUUUGCCUUUCCUGCAUUCACAAACUCCAUAAUGGGGCUCCCACGUAUGAGCUUAUGGGCAAUUUGGUCAUUUCUCCUUCUCUCUUCCAUUCACCUUCCAUGUUUCUUUGUAUCUGCCGCUCACUUCUCCAACGAAACUGAUCUCCUUCCUUUGCUCAAUUUCAAACAUCUAAUAACCGACGAUCCUCUCCAUUCUUUGAGCUCAUGGAACCAUACUCUCCACUUCUGCCACUGGCAAGGUGUCACUUGCGGUGGUCCCCGGCAUCCUCAAAGGGUCACCGCCUUGAACCUCACUGGCCAGAAAUUGGUGGGCCCCAUAUCUCCUUACAUAGCAAACCUCACCUUCCUCAGGAUCAUCAAUUUCACAGGCAACAGCUUCUACGGUGCGGUUCCUGAAGAGAUUGGCCGGUUGUUCCGCUUGAGGUAUCUCCGUCUGACCAAUAACACAUUCACUGGAGAAAUUCCAGCAAAUCUGACCCACUGUUUCAAACUCCAAGUUCUUCGUCUUACCGGGAAUCAGCUCGCAGGGAGGAUUCCGACUGAGCUUGGCUCUCUAUCGAAGCUCACCUACUUAAGCCUUGGUCGCAACAGUCUUGCAGGAAGCAUCCCACCUUCACUUGGAAACCUUUCGUCUCUCUGGUAUCUACGUCUCACAGAAAAUAGUCUGGAGGGCAGCAUCCCAGAUGACCUUUGUCAGUUGGUGAGCUUAAAGAUCCUUAGCAUAGGUUUAAAUAAACUGUCAGAGUAUGCGAUGGGCGGAAAAGCAUCUACACAAGGAGAUGUUUACAGCUACGGAAUCCUUCUACUAGAGAUGAUCACUGGAAAGGGGCCAACUGAUGAUGUGUUUAAGGACAAUCUAAGCCUUCAUCAUUUUGCUAAGAUGGCUUUGGUUGAACGACUAAUGGAGAUUGUUGAUCCACAACUGCUCUUAGAAGAAGCUGAAGCUAUUCAAGGCAAUGAAAAUCAAAUCAAUUCAAGAAAUAGAAUGCAUGACUGCUUGAUUUCAAUGGUCAAAAUCGGUGUGUUGUGCUCUGCAGAAUCUCCAAGAAAACGAAUGCAAAUGAGAGAUGUUGUUUUUGAAAUGCACACAAUCAAGGACUUGUAUCUCGGGGUCAAGUUUCACCGAGACAAACAAGUUAGGUCGUAAAUAUUAGAUGAAGGUUUGUCUUACCUCAGGCAUUACUAAGUUAUUGUUAGUAGUUAUUUUGAGAAAGAUUUCCAAAUGAAAUAAGUUUGUUGAA